UCUCGACAAACUCCCACAUAGCUACAAACUCAACAAGUGUUUACUAUUUUCCGACGCGUCGAUAAUACCCUUCGGGUGAGUGUAUUCACCCAACAUUCUAGCCAUGGCGGACGCUGGCAAUAUGCUGAAGAGACCCCAUCCGGAAGAUGACGAGAGCAAGCUACAGAAGCGAUCCCGCUCCAAUAAUGGAUCCCCUAUGCCAGCGAGUAGCAGCAACAAGGGGGGGAUCAGCAAGGAGGAAAUCGAAAGGAUGGUAGCUGAGGCGCGUGCAAAGGCUGAGGCUGCUCGAGCGAGAAUUGAAGCAGCGAGAGGAGGCACUGCUACGCCAACUUUGGGGUCAGGUACCCAAACCCCAGCUUCAACCACCGCAGCUAGCCCGGCACUCUCGAGACUUGAACAAAUUAAGGCGAGAGUUGCCGCAGCCACAGGAAAAGUAAACACUACAAUCCAGCAACGGGCACCUAUGCCGUCUACGUUCAUGCCUCCGGUUGUCGAUGAUGGCUUAUCUAGAGCAAGGGGAGGAUUAGACGUCGGCUUGCAUCCAGCCUUGCUAGGCGAUUCUACUCAAGAUUCAAAAUCUCCGAAAGGCAAACAAACGAUGCAACCUAAAUUUGCUACUACAAUGGCGAAUCGACGAACAGAGUCGCCAGUUCCUUCCAUUAAGCCCGGUAAAUCCAAAAUGCAGCUAGAUCUAUCCGGUCCCUCCAUCGAAGAAACGAAGAGCAAUCCAUACUUUGAUCCCAACCUUGGCGCAAAAACAGCUCUAGCGCGGCCUCGUCAAUCACGUCAGUUAGUCUUUAAUCAGAAAGGGAAAUAUAUCCAGCAGGCAGCGGCACUUCGCCGACUAGCUCAGCUAGAGGCUAUGAAGAAGAAGAUCGCGGAGCGUGCCCGCCAAGCAGGCGUGGAUGAAGAUUUGGAUGUUGAAAAAGCGUUCAUCGUACCGGCUCCACCUGCAAUCGAGUGGUGGGAUGAGGGUUUAGUCAACGGUUCGGACUAUUCUGCCAUUGAUGACCCUCAAAAUCUCAAAAUUGACACUGCAGAUACUGUAAUCUCUAUUUAUAUUCAACAUCCAGUUCUCCUUGACCCUCCACAAGAUAAAAACAUUCCGGCACCAAAACCAAUGUUCCUUACACCAAAAGAGCAAGCCAAAAUCCGACGUCAACGGCGGAUGGCCGAUCUUAAAGAGCAACAGGCGAAGAUUAGACUAGGGCUCGAGCCUGUCCCACCUCCAAAAGUCAAGAAAUCCAACCUCAUGCGCGUUUUAGGUGAAGAAGCCGUCAAGGAUCCGACCGCUGUUGAAGCUCGCGUCAACCGGGAAAUUGCCGAACGAUUUAACAAACAUGUGGCAACGAAUGAAUCCCGCAAGCUGACCAAGGAGCAACGGCUUGAGAAGCUCACCAUUCAACAAGAACAGGAUGCGGCCAAGGGCAUAUACAUGUCUGUAUACAAAAUAGACAACCUCUCAAACGGCCGGCAUCGUUUCAAAAUCAGCAAAAACGCAGAACAGCACAACCUGUCUGGAAUGUGCAUUAUGCAUCCGAAGUUCAACCUCGUGAUCGUCGAGGGUGGCCAUCAUUCCAUCUCCGCGUACCGGAAGCUCAUGCUCAAUCGCAUUGACUGGACGGAAAAUACUCAUCCAAACAACGAUCGCGAAGCGCUCGCAUCAUGGCUUACUGCCGAGGAUGAGAAGACGGGAGAGCUGAAGGAUUUGAGCCAAAACACAUGCACAUUAGUUUGGGAAGGAGAGGGAAAGACUAGAGCGUUUAGAAAGUGGCUGGGUGCGCGGGUGUGCGAGACGGAUGCUGCCGCAAAGGAUGCGUUGUCGCGGGCUAAGCUGGAGAACUUUUGGACUUUGGCGAAGAGCUUGAAGACUGAGGCAACGUAAGUGCUAUAUGAUAUUUUCUUCAAUGUUGUAUUUCAGCGUAUUAUGUCGUUGAGCAGUUUUGUAUCAUUAUAUUCUCUGAUAUCUAGCACUUUUGAGGCCUAGGUCUAGAUAUGCGCAUUCGAGGCCCAUUCUAAAUAUCCACACUAUUUGAGAAAUUUCCCAAAUGCAAUAUUUUGAAAAUUUAAGCCACAUUGUACAUACAUAGGCCGUAAACAAGAUCAAUGAAAAUGCUAUCUGGGAACUAGACUUAACUAUGAGUAGCAAGAACAAAAAUGACUUUUCGCUUCCUUUCCUUAAUCCCAAGUUUUGAAUACCGACAAAUCCCAUAGAGUAAAAUGCACUCCGUAGUAGAGAACUCCAUAAAAAUUGAAAUAAAGGAC